UUUUAGACAGCGUGCAAGUAAAACCAUGGCAGGAGUUUGGGCGGCUAUCUUCGUGUUCGUUUUGUUCGUUUGUGCGGCCAGUUUACAGCAAAUUUAUUCCGACGAAAAAAAUGAAUGCGUCCGUAAUGAUCAGACGAUGCAAAUAUUGAAGGAAAAGCUUGAGUACUUACGACAGGAGAACGCGAGACAAAUUGGUUCCUUAAAACGAGAAAUCGCGCUCAUUAAGAAAAAUGAAACCAGUAUCCAUGAAAAUUUGAAGAGCAGUAUGCUGCAAACCAUCAAGUCAGAGUUAAACAUAAAUAAAGAUUGUAAGGACCUCUGUAUUAAUGGUAAUACAGUAUCUGGUGUUUAUGAGAUAUAUCCAUUUGGUAUUGAAAGCAAGGUCAGCGUCUUCUGUGACAUGAUGACAGAAGGUGGAGGGUGGACAGCUAUCCAGAAACGUGUGAGUGGUUCGGUGUCAUUCGACAGAAACUGGACGGACUACAAGACGGGAUUCGGGAAUCCUAACGGAUCCUACUGGAUAGGAAAUGACGUAAUACAUCAACUUACCAAGAGAAGGAACUUCUCCCUUUACGUAUCUAUCACACUGACUAAUGGGACAAAGCUCUAUGAAUUAUACAACCAGUUCUCUGUUGCUGACGAAACCAACAACUACCGACUUUUUCUUGGCGGACCAGCUACCGGGACCCUGGGGGACUCUAUGUUACACACUGGUUAUUCUUCCUACGAUCUGUCUGGGAUGUCCUUCACCACCCCGGACAGAGAUAAUGACAGGUAUAGAGGUAACUGUGCUGCUGACUGGGGAGGAGGCUGGUGGUUCAACUUCUGUCACUUCGCCUUCCUUAACGGUCAAUGGUCCCCGGGGUACUGGUUCUGGCCAUGGUAUCCCACAGUGACUGAUAGUAAACAGAUAAAAGAGACCCUCAUGAUGAUCAAACCUAACUGACUUUUUAUAUCUUUUAUCCAUAGUUGUUUUUUUAUAGUUGUUCACAUAUCUUAGUUAAAGUUAAAAACUUUUAUUAUAAAUGAUUAUGACUUUAUUCUUGAGAUAAUGAUGGCAUGGAUGAUAUAUUACAAAGUAAAACUUUUAUAGAUAUAAUAUGAUGUGUAAUGAAUUUAAUAAAAAGUCCUAAUAUUUAUAAUGUUCUAAAAAUAGUGUUAUACAUGUAACCUUACUUCCUAGAAAUACGAAAAUCGCAUUCAAUCAUUAUUAAAUAAUAAAAUUUUUGUUUUCAUAUUAUUCAUUGUCUUUUUGUUCUUAAUCAUAUUGUAUUAUAAAGUAU